AUGCGCAGUCCAGGAAUGGAGCAGAGCGAUCUAAUCACUAGAGCAUUAGUUUCAACCUCAUCUUGUCAAUAAACAUUUAGUUAUUAGUAAUUUCAGCAUCGGGCACACAUACAUCUCCAGUGACAGCGACUGUUCCUGGUGUGGAGCGUUGGACUAGGCUAUCACUGGGAUGGCGUCCGAGCAGGGGCAUGUGAGCCCCGGCUCCAAAGGCAUCAUGACCUUCCAUCCCACUGUGGAGGAGUUCCAGAAUUUCAGCCGAUACAUUGCUUACAUGGAGUCCCAGGGAGCCCACAAAGCCGGCCUGGCCAAGAUUGUCCCGCCCAAGGGGUGGAAGCCUAGGCGCUCCUAUGACGACAUCGAUGGGCUGGUGAUCCCAGCCCCCAUCCAGCAGGUCGUUACGGGCCAGUCGGGCCUCUUCACGCAGUACAACAUCCAGAAGAAGGCAAUGACCGUCCAAGAGUUCCGCAAGCUCGCCAACAGCGACAAAUUCUGCAGUCCUCACUACCAAGACUUUGAGGAGCUGGAGAGAAAGUACUGGAAGAAUGUGACAUUCAAUGCCCCGAUCUACGGUGCCGAUGUCAACGGAAGCCUGUACGACCCUGACGUGAAGGAGUGGAACAUCUGCAGACUCAACACCGUCCUGGACACGGUGGAGCACGAGAGCGGCAUCACCAUCGAGGGCGUAAACACCCCAUACCUGUACUUCGGCAUGUGGAAGACCACGUUCGCCUGGCACACAGAGGACAUGGACCUCUACAGUAUCAACUACCUGCACUUUGGACAGCCAAAAUCAUGGUACUGUGUUUCUCCUGAGCACGGCAAGAGGAUGGAGCGUCUGGCCCACGGUUUCUUUCCUGGCAGUGCACAAAAUUGCGAGGCCUUCCUGAGACACAAAAUGACUCUCAUCUCACCCUCGAUAUUAAAGAAAUAUGGCAUUCCCUUUGAGAAGAUGACCCAGCAGGCGGGUGAGUUCAUGGUGACCUUCCCGUACGCCUACCACGCAGGCUUCAACCAUGGCUACAACUGUGCAGAGUCCACUAACUUUGCCACACAACGGUGGAUUGAAUACGGAAAGCAAGCGAUUCUGUGCACAUGCCGCAAAGACAUGGUGAAGAUCUCCAUGGACGUGUUUGUGAAGAAGUUCCAGCCGGAACGCUACGAGCGGUGGCUGGCGGGGCGGGACAACGCGCCCAUCGACCACUCACGGCCAACCCCUGAGGCCCGGGAGUUCCUGGGGGAGGGGUUCGAUGACGUCAUCAGCUCCCAGGAGUGCUGUGCCGAAGAAGGGGAGAGAAAGAGCCCCACACAGAGGAUCGAGACCAAGAGACACCGCGUCUGCCUGGAGCUGCCCGACAACGUCAUCCCCCAAGAGGAGGAGGAGGAGGAGGAGGAUGAGGAUGACCAGUACGGGAAGCGGCCCAGGCUGAGCCUCCUGCCUCCACGCUAUGCAUCACCAGACUGCAAAAGACAUAAAGGCCCGCCGAGGCUGGUGGUCACACCCACCAAGCUGACGCUGAUCGACCCGUUCCGCCGGGACGCCGCACGGCCCCCUCACUACACCAAGACCCGGGCGCCCGCCAUCUCCUCCCAGGCCGGCCACCACAAGGGCUAUCUGGACUCUGCCAGCGAAGCGGCGGCGCCACAGCCGCCUCACCGCAAGAUGGGCGUGGCCAGUCUGCUCUUCCAUAAGACUUUGAGCACCAAAGACGCGCUGCAGGUGCACGGCUGCUCUCUGGAGCAGCAGCCGCCGCUGCCCCCGCAGCCAGCCCACAUGCAGAUCCAGGUGCACAGCUACGCCAAAGAGCACAAACCCCGCCACUUCCAGGGCAAGGUGCAAACGCCGGGCCAAAGCCCACCCGCAGAGGGUCGGGCGUCCAGGCUGGAGGAAGUCAAGGAGGAGCCAGAGGAGGAGCCAGAGCCGGAGCCCCGGGUCCAGGUCCUCGAAGUGGAGCAGACGCCGGAGGUGCAGCCGGAGGAGUCCACGUCAAGGGAGGAGAUGAGGGGGCCGGAGGACGAGGACUGCAAGCUCAGCAAGCGCAAGGGGUCAGAUGAAUCCUACUGCAAGACCGUAGCAACCAAACAACAACGGCAGCAUCAGCAACAGAGGAAGGAAGUGCUCCAUACACUGCCCAGACACCAUCCCUUACUCAGAGAGAUCCCCCUUGAUGAAGACCUAUCGGUGGAGGAUGAGUUUGAGCGGGAGGAGAAGGACGAGUGGGCCCGGCCCCUGAGCCAGCUGUGGCAGAGCGGACCCUACAACCUCGAAGUGGAGCGGGAGUACAACCGGCGCAUGGGCCGCCAAGCCCCCUACUGCUCCAUCUGCCUGCUGUUCCACACACACCACCAGUUGGAGUCCAACGGAGAGGAUUUGGCUCUUGCCCCGGGGUCCCGGCGGAAAGGGAGACAGUGUUCCAAGCCCAUCAUCCCCGAGGUGUGCUUCAACACCAACUCCAGCAAGAGCAACGAGAGCCAGCCCCAGGGCCAGCUGUCCAACCCCCACAUCUCCCUGGACGGGGCCAGCCGACUGGUGACCUGCUCCCAGUGCUGUGUCCGGGUCCACGCCAGUUGUUACGGCGUCUCGGAGGAGGAGAUGGAGCUCGACCACUGGCUGUGUGCGCGCUGCGAGGCCGGCGCCACCACGGAGGAUUGCUGUCUGUGUUCCUUGAGGGGGGGUGCUCUACAAAGGGCCAACAACAACAAGUGGGUGCACGUCUUGUGUGCCAUCACGGUGCUGGAGGCGCGCUUCGUCUCCCUCACGGCGCGCAGACCCAUCGACCUCUCGGCCAUCCCACUGGCCCGCUUCAACCUGAAGUGUGCGUACUGCAGGAAGAGGCUGGUGAGGGAGGUGAGCGGCUGCUGUGUGCAGUGCUCGCACGGCCGCUGCUCCACGGCCUUCCACCCCACCUGCGCCCAGGCGGCCGGUGUCCUCAUGUACCCCGACGACUGGCCCUUCAUCGUCUACAUCACCUGCCACCGGCACCGCAGCCCCGUCCUACCCGAGCGGAGCAAGGCGUCCAUGCGGGAGCUGGCGCUGGGCCAGCGGGUGAUCUGCAAGUACAGGAACACCCGCUACUACCACAGCGAGGUGACGGAGCUCACUAGCGCCACCUUCUAUGAGGUGGUGUUCGACGACGGCUCCUACAGCGACAACCUCUUCCCCGAGGACAUCCAGAACCGGGACUGUGUUCGCUUUGGUCCGCCGAGCCAGGGGGACGUGGUCCAGGUCCGCUGGACGGACGGUUUGAUAUACGGCGCCAAGUUUGUAGCUUCGCACUCCAUCCCCAUGUACCAGGUGGAGUUUGAGGACGGUUCCCAGAUCUCAGUGAAGAGGGAGGACAUCUACACUUUGGACGAGGACCUGCCCAAGCGUGUCAAGUCACGACUGUCAGUGGCGUCAGACAUGCGUUUCAAGAUCUUCACGGAGAAGGAGGUGAAGCAGACGUCCAAGAGGCAGCGGGUCAUCAACUCCCGGUACCGGGAGGACUACAUCGAACCCAUGGUGUACCGGGCCAUCAUGGAGUAGCUCUGGACAGACAGGAGCCGGUCCCAGGGCCCCGGCUCGGGGCCUUCGAAGUGAAGAGGGCCCGACCUCCGAGCCCGACCUCCGAGCCCCCUGCCUCGUCCUUCUCCCCGCGGAUCGAGGCUUCCACAGUCCUUAGGGCUAAUUAUUUAUAAACUACGGCUGGGACUUUCAGUGACAUUUCUGUGUGUGUGUGUGUGUGUGUGUGUGUUCACACCAGUUGACACCAGUUUCUCUCAAACCUUAUUUUAGGUUUUGUUUAUUCUGUAGGGAUCUCAUUUUUUUGAAGGAAAUAAAUGGUGACAUGAUAGAAAAAUAUCUUUAUUUGUUAAUUUUACAAACCAGACUUCAUACACUGUAAAAAAUAAAUAAAAUCAAUUACAUUUGUUUGGUUACAAUAUUGGAAAUAAUCUUUGGUCGACAUGGCGGAUUUUAUGUAUAGGCCUAUUUCAGUGUAUUGAAAAAUCCACUCAAUAAAAGUCAAUGCAUCUAGAUCUGUGGAAAUAUUAAACGGAGGGACCCCAAACAAAAUGGAAAAUCCUGUAGGAAUAAGUUAUACCAGUCAGGCAGUCUUUUUACCUCCCAGGUUUACAGUAUAGGAAUUAAUGAAUGAACUACAACCAAUAUGCAGACUUUGUUGUGUGUGGUUUAACUGUGAUGACCAAGCUAUAUAGACUAGGUUAAGGAGACAUGCCUAAAGUCUUAUCAGGCCAUUUCAUAUUUAUCAACGAUGGAAUGUAUGGUUUCACAUUUUGACUGUUUUACCUUAUUUAUGAUUGCUAGGUUGAGUUUGAGAACUCUUAUUUUUUUACAAAAGCUUUGCUGGGCAUUAAGUGCUAGAAAUCUCAGAUCUUUAUUUAUUUUCUGUGGUUGGGUCAGUAUUUAAAAUUCCUCUGGACUUAAAUGUGCUCUAAUACUGUUUUGGGGGGACUGGGUGGUAUCCAAGCACUUAGUUCAACGGAAAGCACUUCUACCGUAACCCUUAUCCCUUUGACCUAACAAUGUUUUUUUGGCCAUUGUCUUUUAUCAAUUUCAGGUUCAUAAUGGAAUAAGUAGAUUGCUUUUAGUGUUUUUGUUUUACUGGAUAACGCGUCCCUGAAGGCCGAUGAUUAAGCCUCAUUAAUAGUUAAAUUGCGACUCGUUUAUUAAAUGCGUUAUUAAAAAAUGAAUAAUGCGGAGAGGCCCACAUUUGAAAUUGAUCAUUUGUCCACAACUGCUGGUGCUUUGUUUCACUCUGCUGUACCAUUCUGUACACAUUUUGUAAACUUAACAACUUGAGUAAAGUUUGGACAAAAACG